AUGCCCAGCGAACCAUAUCCUGAUAUAGCAAUGCUGCCCGAAGCGCAGGAAGUAGGCAACGAAAUCGCCAGGCGGGUUAACCUCUUGCUUUACAAGAAGAAUGCAGAGAUCGGGCACCUGGAACUUGACAUCGAGGAGAACGAAGCCGAGAUUGAAGGUCUUCGACAGGAUGCCGAAACAAAGGACGGUAGAGCGACGGUGCGGGCGAUGCUACGGAGGUUCAACGAGCUUUUCAAGACGAAGUUGCACUGGGAUGAUCAGGCACAUGAGAAAUGGAAGCUUCAAGACGCAAUGAGGAAUGCGGAGAAAAGGCAUCAGAACGAGAUGGCCACUAUAAUGGCAGGCAUCGAUGUGCGAGAGAGUCUGCUGCAGAAGACGCUGGAGAGGAACAAGGAGCUGGAGAGGAGGCUGCGCUUGGCGGAGAAGAAGGAUGAGGGUAUCCGAAAGCUUCCUGCACCAGCAUCGACGACGACCAAGACGACUACCACGAAGCUGGCUUCAAGCGCACAGUCCUCUUCGGCGCAGGCUGGGGACGAUGCUUCGAGGAAGCGUCCGAGGAAGACAGAAUAA